UGGGCUUUGGUUUUGCUUGGCGAAGCUGCCUUCCCUUCCAUGGAGUCAAGAUCCGGGCGUCGUCGACUCCGUUCGUCCCCGCAGAUUGCUGGUGCUCCGAUGGAGGUGAGGCCGGGGCGUCGCCUGCGUUCCGCGCAGCCGCAGCUGUGUAGCCCAAGAGGCGGUGGCGGCGAGCCGGAUCACAUCAGCUUCCUCCCGCAGGAGCUCCUCCUCCUAAUCCUCACCCUCAUGGGAUGCGCUGCAACCGCCGCUCGCACCAGCGUCCUCUCGCGCCGGUGGCGCGAUCUCUGGACGCAUCUCCGCCAAAUCUCCUUCAACAACCUCGCGCCGUCGAUUGCAGCGGCGCUCGGCCGUGUCCGUGGCCCCCCGGCCGCGGCCGCGGUCUCCCUCCUGGAAGUCCGCAUCCCCAGCAGCAUCAGACAUCCCGGACCCGUCGGCACCACGGCCACCAGGCUGCUCCGUGCCGCUGUGCGGCUGGAGCCGGAGGAGAUCGUCCUCAGCUUCCCGUGGGGCGUAGAAUUCCAAGACCGGCGGAACCUCGUCCGGCUGCCGUGCUUCCAGCGGACCAAAUCUCUCAUGAUGGAAAGGCUUCUCUUCUACUGCCCCGACGGCGAGUUCACCGCGCUCCGGACGCUGUCCAUCUCCUACGGCCUGGGCGGCCUCCACAGCUUGCUCCCCCGAUGCCCGCACCUCCUCGUGCUCAGCCUCAAGUUUGUCAACGAUGGCUUCGGACUUGUCCAGAACGGGUCGAUCUCACUCCACCUGCCAUUGCUGCAGGAACUUUUCCUUGAAAGCAGCAUAAUGUACGCAGAUGCAGUCGACAUCGUCGCCCCUCUGCUGAAGCGACUCACGGUGUCCUUCGGCACAUACAAGCUGGUCAGCAGCUUCUCCGUCUCGGCGCCGAUGCUGGAGAAGGUUUCGUGGCAUUCGUGGUAUUUGGGGGACGGGAGCAUCGUCCGGUUUGGUCGUUGGAGCCUCCAGAAGUUGUGGCUACACACAGGAAAUACACAGGGGCAGCUUCCUUCUUCGCUCCACAUUAGUGCCUCUGCCUCCAAUAGCUCCUGGUUUACUUCCAAUGAAGACAACUUUGCCCAGGAGAUAGAGAAGCACCUGGUUGCUGAUUUCUCUCUUUUGGAGCUACGUCUCCUCAAAGCCGGACAUGUUUUUGGAGCACUGGUGUUUCAUCUCCUUGGGAUCACCCGUAUUUCUAGAGGUAUACAGAGGCUUAAGAUCGUCCUAGAGAGAUCGCGCUGAAAGGAAAAUGCUCGUCAAACUGUUCAUGUCAACCCACAAACUGGAGAUCUCAAACAAUCUCCUUAACUGCUCUUGAAGAAGUGGAAAUCAAUGGCUUCGAAGGACAGGAACAUGAGUUUGAUUUAUUGAAAUUAAUACUCAAAUGUGCACCAGUGCUUAAAAAGAUGAUACUGCAACGUUCACCGGAGGCCUCAUCUAAUAAUAGUGGAAGCACUAAAAUAUAUGACAUCUGCAACACCUAUUCUUCAGUGGAAUUCUAUGUUUAUGAGAGCUCGAGGCUAAUGCAUGGCGGCCUAAUUUAUCCAUUGACAUGAUUCAUGUCCUUACAUUGGCGGAUUCAAGUGCUCAUCGACAAAAAAUCAUCCUUUUCCCAUUCUGAACAAUCAAUUACCCAUUCUGAACUUAUCAUGUGCAUGUUGUAUUACCAGUGUAUUGUAGCUCUUUAUAUGGAGCUCAGUUAAAUCUUGAUUGGUUUCAAUGCACUCAACCUAUGAAUAUUAUGUUAAACCUGCUGUUUUGA